AUGGCUCCAGCUUGGGUUGUGGUGCUGGUGACCGCGGUGCUGGGCUUGACCAGCGCGGGUCCUGUCCCCACUUCCAGGCCCCCCCCAACCAGGAGGGGCUGCCACGUGGGCAAGUUCCCAUCUCUGUCGCCGAGGGAGCUAGAAGCCUUCAAGAAGGCCAGGGACGCCUUAGAAGAGUCACUCCCGCUGAAGAACUGGAGCUGUGGCUCUCGCCUCUUCCCCAGGACCAGGGACCUGAUUCGACUGCAGGCCUGGGAGCGCCCUGCGGCCUUGGAGGCUGAACUAGACUUGACGCUGAAGGUCCUGGGGAACAUGACCGACUCAUCCCUGGGCGUCGUCCUGGACCAGCCCCUUCGUGUGCUGCGCCACAUCCACUCCGAGCUCCAGGCCUGUGUCCGGGCUCAGGCAGGACCCACGGCAGGACCCAGACCCCGCGGCCGCCUGCACCACUGGCUGCACCGGCUCCAGAGGGCCCCAGAGGAGUCCCAGGGAUGCCUCGAGGCCUCCGUCACGUUCAACCUCUUCCGCCUCCUCACGCGGGACCUGAAGUGUGUCACCGGUGGAGACCUGUGCGUCUGA